AUGCAGACGGGGCCGCCGGCAAGCGCAGCGCCGGCGCCGGCGCCGGCGCCGGGUGCGACGGGAGCGUCAAGCUCAAACCGCCAAGGCUCAUCAUCGGCGAUGGUGUCCGCAUCGUGUGCACCGAGGGGGCCGUCUGCAUCUGGCAGCAGGCACGAUAUCAACGAAGCGAUCUUGGGGCGCAAGGGAGCGACGAGGGCCGGGACGGGAGCCUCAAGCUCAAGCCGCAGCUCCGGGGGUGUACACCGCCUCGGCGGCUUUGGUGGCGGUGCCAGCGGAAGCGGUUCACGAGCGUGCCUCGGGGCACAGUCGCUAGGCUCUGGGGGUUCCGCAGGUGGAGGGGUGUGCGACCUGGGAGCAAGAGGUGCGGGGAGCGACGCCGGCGUAGUGGGGGCCGGAGGAGGAGGAGGAGGGGCGGGGCAGGGUCAGGGUCAGGGUCAGGGUCAGGAGGGAGGCGGAGGAUCAGGGUCAGGGAGGUCCAGGACCAAGCGGCGCAGGGAGGAGCUCUCCACGGAGUCCCGCGAGCCGCGCGAGGACGGCCUUCGGCGCAGCGCGCGCAAUGUGAAGGAUGUGCAGGUGCGGAGGAGCUCGCGCAUCAAGGAGAGGGACGAGAAGGCCGCCGCGUUGAGGACGACGAGCGGCAUGGGGCAGGCGGCGGCCGGAGGGAGGAGGCGAUCGGCAGCGCCGGUAGCGGCACCAGAGUCGUCCGGCAAGGAGACCAAGAGGGCCCGCCGCGGCGGAGGAGUGGAGAGCGGAGGGAGGAAGCGAUCGGCAGCGGCGGUAGCGGCACCAGAGUCGUCCGGCAAGGAGACCAAGAGGGCCCGCCGCGGCGGAGGGGUGGAGAGCGGAGGGAGGAAGCGAUCGGCAGCGGCGGUAGCGGCACCAGAGUCGUCCGGCAAGGAGAUCAAGAGGGCCCGCCGCGGCGGAGGGGUGGAGAGGAAGGUCGCUUCGGGACGAGGGGCGGGAGCGCCUGCCGCGGUGGCGGCGGUGGCGGCGGCGGCGGGGAGCAAGGUGAAGGCGGAGACGAAGCGCGCCGGAGGCGGGAACGACGAGGCGGGAACGGACCAGGGCGGCGGGGCGGCGGGGGGGUCGGGACGCCCGGGCACCGGCGGUGGCGGAAAGGCGGGAGGAGGCGCCUCGGCCGCGGGCGGGGACAACGGGGCCCAGGGCAGCACCGCCGCUGCCGCCCCCAGGUAA